UAAACCCUAAUCACCGCAUGAGACUGGUUCCCCCUGCAGCCAAACAGAACUUUACUGAGAAAGUCCCCCUUUUCCCCCCAAGAAUAAGACAGCGGCGACUUCACAGUCACAGAUUUAGCUCUCUCUCUCUCCAAGACGCGCAAGUCAAUUUGCUGAAUUGCUUCAAUGGCUUCUACGAAGGUUGAUAAUAAUCGGGGUCCGUUCGGAUCGAAGAGGUCUCGUAAUGACGCUUCACGAAGUGAGGGAGACUGGACCUGUCCCAAGUGUGGAAACGUCAACUUUGGGUUUAGAGUUGUUUGCAAUCGUGAAAAAUGCAGUGCUCCUCGACCACCUGUCACUCCACCUGCUCCAUAUAGCCCUUAUAACACUCCAUUUUAUUUUGGAGGUGUUGGGGCUCCUCCUUUGCCCUAUGGGUUGUCUGGUAGGUAUGGAUCCCCCAUACCACAUUCUGGGAUGCGUUAUGACUAUGGUGUCCCUGCAAGUGCUCAUGGACCAUAUGGUCCCAUGCCUACAUUUCCACCUGGAGCUUAUGGAGGCAUGGGCUAUGGCUCAGGGCCUGCUGCCAAUGGAUACGGAUUUGGCUUUCAGGGACCUCCAUGGGCAGGAGUAAUACCUGAUAAUCCUGCUUCUCGUAAACGCCGCGGAGGGCCAGAUGGUUUACAUGAAGGGGAUUGGAUUUGUCCCAAAUGUGAGAAUGUUAACUUUGCCUUUAGAACCAAUUGCAACAUCAAGAAAUGCGGGGCACCAAGACCUUCUCCUGGCCCAAACCAGUCAAAGACCGGUGCCCCCGAAGGCAGCUGGACAUGUGACAAAUGUGGCAAUCUAAACUAUCCCUUUCGAACUGUUUGCAACCGAAAGGAUUGUGGAAAUGAGAAGCCAGACUCUGGCAACUAGAUCACUUCCUUAUUGUGCAUGGGUAGCUUAAAUCCACGUUGCCUCAAUGUAUUAAAAAAAAAAAAAAUUAGUUCUUUUGCAUUAGAGAGUGAUAAAAGAUUUAACAUGUUCAUAAAUGAGAAAAAAGAACAAUAUUCAUAUAUAUCAUUUUCCAGAAUUUCUAUUUUCC